GAUAGACUGUAGCAAGACCUUCGAAAUCUGUGUGGCCAGAGACAAUAUGGUUGAAAGAGGUCUUAAACUCUGGAAGCGUCGAAAGAAUGGCGGUCCAGUGAACCCUUUGAAAGUCUCCUUCCUGGGAGAACCAGGGGUUGACACUGGAGCACUAAAAAAAGAGUUCCUGUCCACAAUGGUUGCUGGGAUCGAGAAGCGACUAUUUGAAGGCGAAAGUGAGAAGGGCAAAGUACCAAAGUAUUCCCUCAACGAUUUGGACAAUGAACUGUUCAAAGUUGCGGGUGAAAUACUUUGUGUGAGCAUUGCCCAAGGAGGACCAGCACCACGGUUUAUGCAGGAGUGGUGUUACCACUACCUCGUCACUGGGAACCUUAAAACUGAUGGUGUGCAUGACAUGGAGUUGUCACCACUUAUCAAAACGAUUGAAGAUGCAUCUGACCUGUCCCUCUACAUUGAAGAAAUCCUGGAUUGUGGCUACACUGGUCAAAUCAACAUUGACCAUAAGGAAAGCAUAUUAAGGGCUAUUGUACUGCAUGUGACCACAAAACGCACACCAAUGCUGCAACAGAUGCGUGAAGGCCUUGAAGUGUACAACCUGAUCAAGGUCAUGCGGAUAAAGCCGAAUGAGUUUCGCAAUCUCUUUGUCGUAGGGGCUGAUGACAAGGUGGACUCGCAUUAUGUUUUAUCACACCUGGCCCCAGAAAUGAGCCCAGAUGGUUCGACUAAACACGUGAAGGAGUCCAAAAUCUUGGAAUACUUCCAAGAUUUCCUACUUGAAAUUGAGGGUAUGUAA